UUUCUUUUUCUUUUCCUACCUAUGCUGAUAGGUAUAUUUUGUUACCUACAUGAAAUCUAUUCUAUCAGAGAAGUUCCCUCCAGCGAUAUUGUUUAAUUUUUCAACAUUUAUGUACUUUUUAUAUAAACUACAACCAUCUAAGCUUUAUGAUGUAUAGGGGAAAUAAUCUUUAAUAGAUGCCAUAACUGUACAUCUACGUUAAAAUGUUCACUCCUACACUUCUGCAAAUAAUAUCAGUGCCUUCACCCACUAUAAAACAAUGACAAAUGACAAUGAAAUACGUCGUUGCUUGUGACAGCCAGACAGCGAAUCAAAGUUAAUGGUAGGUGCCUAAAUUGAAGAAUAAAGAAAACAAAAAAGUUAUGACACAUGUAUAUAAUCGAAAUCUUGAUUUCUGCUAACAUUCAGACUAUAUUUAGCGUAUUGUUGUAAGUUGUCGUUUUAUUCAUAUGGACCAAGAGUGGGAGACAUGAGCUACCUGACAGUGGACGGACCGAAUCCUUCGAUGGAGAAACCACCUGAGGAUGCUGAACCAAACGAGGACCUUGAGGUGGAUAAUUCAAAAAGUGUGCUGCUGAAGAUAGCAACUCUGUAUGCUGAGCAGCUGAUGAGUGAUCUGACCCUCGAAGUAGCUGGAGUUGGAUACCCAGCUCAUCGAUUAAUAUUAUGUGCUAGUAGUGAAGUUUUUCAGGUUAUGUUAAUGAAUAGAGAAUGGAGUGAGUGGAGGGAAAGUCGCAUAGUCCUACAGGAGACACCUUCUGCGGCAUCAGUCUUCCCACAUUUUCUAAAGUAUUUCUACACGGGUCAGAUUAGGAUAUCCUAUCACACAGUGCUUCCAGUCUUGUCACUCGCUGACAAAUAUAAUGUUAAGGAUCUGGUGACAUUAUGUCUGAGCUAUAUGUCACAGCACAUUGCCCAAGCUGCCAAGCGCGGACAACUCAUAGCUUGGAUGCAAUACACCAUGGGUUGCGGACACAAUGAUGUUGCCAAGGCUUGCCAGAACUUUGUGAAGUGGAACGUGGAGUGGGUGUGGUCUGAAGCAGCACUGGCCGAGCUGGAGGGAGACACGCUGGUGCAGCUGCUACAGCACACGGACCUCGUGCUGCACAAUGAGAUCACCUUAUACCAGUUCGUGGUGCGAUGGUUGAACAAGCAACGGGAGAAGCUGGACAGGACUGAUCUCAAUGAAGCAGAGAAGAAGCUGCACUGGGAGUCGCUGGUGGCGGCCGUGUUCUCGCACAUCAGGUUCCCGAUGAUGUGUCCGAACCAGCUAGCGAAGCUGCUACUCUGUCCGCUGACCCAGGAGCACAAGGACUUCUUCAUGGAGCGGAUGGCCAUCGCCAUGAGCUACCAGUCAGGUCAGUACGAGCGGGUGGCGGAGGUGCAGCAGACGGAGGCGGGUCGGAUGCUGUUCACCCCUCGACUGUACACCGAGGACACGUGGGGAUCCAUCCUGGCGGUGGACAACUUCCACUCCCUCCCAUGCUACCACACGAGGACGUUUAUAUUCUCGACCCGCCCCACCAUGUCGGACGUCCCCCCUCACGACAAGCUUCUGGAGUGGACCGUGGACCUGUACCCGAAGGGCGUCUGGUUCAAGAAGAGCCUGCUCAUUGUCUGGGCCGGUACUUAUGAUGUUCCGGAGGUGGUGUUGCGCACAGUGCGCAUAUCGAUCACGUGCCAGAACUGUCCGGAGCCCGCGCUGGACCAGUACGGGGAACCAGAACAAACUGAGCCCGACGUCAGAGUCAAGAUCGGCGUGCUGGUGUGGGGCGUGCAAAAGGGCGUCGAGCACGUGUCGUCCGUUGUCGAACGUGUACACAGAUUUUCUGCGCAAAACAGAGUUCUGAACAUUGACGCCGCGCUCGACUUCGACGCGCUCAACACCCCGCUGUACUCGCCGCCCCCCGCGCCCUGCCCCCCGUCGCACAGACGCUGUGCGAAGUGUACGGACGCGUGCGACACGCCGGAGGUCAAACACCUGCUUGGAGCCAACGGGGACCAGCUCAAGAUACAAGUCGUGAUACUCCCACUCACGGACUACUGCCACGUCGGCGCCCCGGAGUCGACGUACGGAUGACAGGGCCGCGGUUUCUGUCUCUGUCGCGCGAAACGGACUUGAACCUAAUGCAUGAGUGAGACGGCUAUAUAUCUCGCGUUUCGCUUGCUCGCUCGUCGUGACGUAGGAAUGUUGAAAUUUGCUGUCGUUGUGUGUCAAAGUACAAUUGACGUUUUUCCGUUUUCCUUAAAUGAAUUGACUUUUAAUGUUAGUAAUGUUUGGUUUUUUUUUAAUUGCUUAGAUGGGUGGACGAGCUCACAGCCCACCUGGUGUUAAGUGGUUACUGGAGCCCAUAGACAUCUACGACGUAAAUGCGCCACCCACCUUGAGAUAUAAGUUCUAAGGUCUCAAGUAUAGUUACAACGGCUGCUCCACCCUUCAAACCGAAACGCAUUACUGCUUCACGGCAGAUAUAGGCAGGGUGGUGGUACCUACCCGCGCGGACUCUAGAGGUCCUACAACCAGUAAAAUUUUAACAGUUUAUAUAUGUAUAUUAAUAUCAUUUGAUAGAGUUUCAUCUCAAGUCUCUAAGCCACAUGGUUGUAUCAGUGUAUAGCCCCGGAAGCUAAACCGCAAUGUAUAGGCAGGGCGCAUGACGAUACUACGAGUAUACAUUGCGCGCUCGUAACAGAUACCAGAACGUUCUGUUGGUUCAGAGAUGAGUAUAUACUAGAUACAGGGCUGCGUGUGAGCUCCUGUGCCGGCUCGCUACUACAGAAAUAUUUUUUUAAACUAACACAAAAUAUUAAAAGUCAAUCUGUCAUUUUGGUUUUUGAUAUGUGCUCGUUUAGAAGAUAUAUAAUUUUAAAUACACCUAUUUAUCGUAAAAGCCAGGCGUAUUUAGUGUUUAUUUACAAAAUUAGCCACUAUGUUGUUGAUUACGUGGACUUGUCAUUAAUAGUAAUAUCGCGUGCUCUGUCACUUUGCUCUGACAAUCAGUGUGACAUUGACAACUGAAGCAGUGACAGUUGACGCAUGCAAUUGGAAACGUUGACUUUGAAAAAGUACAGCAAGGGUUGAAACGCUAAUUGGUUUAAGUGACAUUUAUCUUUGUAAUUUUAAGGUGCGUUUUAUUUGGUAUUAUCAUCAACAGUUCGAAGUUUUUAAUUGAACUUUAAUUAAGUUCCAUUCAAAUAGCUGAAGAAGUGUUUUUUGUUAUGAUAUUUAUUCCUAAUUUUAAAUUUUAAACGGCUCUACUGUAAAGUUGUAAAAAUGUCGCUUAAACCAAAUAAUCUUUCACCCGUUGACAGGAUUAUGAGAUACACUUUAUUAUUUAUAAUAUAAUAUCAGAUUUGUUGAUUUCUCUAGCGUCACAGCUAAAUCGAUCUUAAUGAGAUGUUUAAAUGAUUUUAUUUUCAAAUUUAUAAAUAUCACAUUGUCUACGAUGAAAGAAAAGAACUAGUUUAUAACAUAAAAAUAUUGCCAAUUUUAAUUUAAAUAGAAAUUAAAUAUUUUUUCGGUUCAAUUUUUAUUGUCUCCGUGUUCGUUUGACAUUAACUUCAAUCAGUAUAAAAACAGUUGCGUGACUAAAAAGUAAAGAAGGCAGACUAUAUACACUCAAAUGAAGCAGUCAGUACAUAAUGCUCAUUUUGGAUAUGGCAACCCCAUCUGUUAUUGUAUGUUGUAACUCUAAGUCAAAAUUAGUUAUUUAUUCAUAAUAUUUGUAUUCUUCCAUAUAACUAUUAAAAUGAUUGUGUGCAAUAAAUAGAAAUAUUCGUUGCAGUAUUAAUACUAGGUUAGUUAGUAUUUUAAAUAAAAUUGCGACGUAAUAA